AAGUUCCAUAUCCAACACACACAGCAACGCUCGCUCGACACUGUCACUAGCUAGUUGCUCUACUAGAGGGCGGGUAUAGAGCUGCCUGCAAUCCGCCGCUGAGAAGGGAGGAUCGGAAGCGACGAUGAGGUCGUUUGCUCCUGUCUUUCUGUCGGCGGUCGUGGCCUGGCUGGAGCUGGCGGGCACCGCGCAGGGCGGCAACUUCUACCAGGACACAGAGAUGACCUGGGGCGAUGGCCGCGGCAAGGUAGUGGACGGCGGGCGCGGGCUGGACCUGACGCUGGACCGCACGUCCGGCUCCGGGUUCCAGUCCAAGAGCGAGUACCUGUUCGGCAAGAUCGACAUGCAGAUCAAGCUGGUGCCAGGCAACUCUGGCACGGUCACCACCUUCUACCUGUCGUCCCAGGGCGACGCGCACGACGAGAUCGACUUCGAGUUCCUGGGCAACGUGAGCGGGGAGCCCUACACGCUGCACACCAACGUGUUCACGCGCGGACAGGGCCAGCGGGAGCAGCAGUUCCGCCUCUGGUUCGACCCUACCACUGCCUUCCACACCUACUCCAUCCUGUGGAACCCGCAGCACGUGAUCUUCGCGGUGGACGGCACCCCGGUGCGGGACUUCAAGAACCACGAGGCGCGCGGGGUGGCGUUCCCGAGGACGCAGCCCAUGAGGCUGUACGCCAGCCUGUGGAACGCCGACGACUGGGCCACGCAGGGCGGGCGCGUCAAGGCGGACUGGUCCAAGGCCCCCUUCGUCGCCUCCUUCCGCGGUUUCAGCGCCGACGCCUGCGUCUGGGACGGCGGCAGGCAGCGCUGCCCUGAGGGCACCAUGGAGGCCGCCGCCGUCGCGGGUGCCGGCUCCGGCCGCGGCUGGUGGAACCAGCAGCUCAGCGACAUGAGCUACCGCCGCAUGCGCUGGGUGCAGCGCAAGUUCAUGAUCUACAACUACUGCGCCGACGCCAAGCGCUUCCCGCAGGGCGUGCCCGCCGAGUGCAAGCUCCGGUGAGGGAGCGAGGUUUGUUGGGACGUCCGUGGGGCAUCAAAACCAAGCACGAUCCCUAGUCGUGGAAAGUAGAAACCAGGCAUCGAUUCGAUCGUCGUCGACGGUCUUAGUAGUAGCUACUUAUUUUGCAGUGGGCGAUGAAAGAAUGGUGUCAUGUAAAUGUAGCUCCAGUCGUGUCGCAUUCUUUGAUUUGUUGUUUCAGCAGCACCGGAUGUACAAGUACUGAGUUUGGGCUA